AAAAGGCCUUCAUCUCAUGACUCCUGACUUCUGACCACCUGUUGGCUGCUGCUUCUGCUUUGCUUAUUUAGAAGGACGAGGUGGCGGCUCUCUUUGUCUUUGUCCUCCUCCUCAAUCCUCUUCUUCUUCUUCUUCUUCUUCUUCUUAUGAAUAUGAUGAAUGCCUCUACUCUCUCUAACUAACUAAAAACGAACAACAAACGACACAAUGGGCAGAUCAGCAAGAGGUGCUUCUACCUCUUCUUCUUCUUCAUCAUCCUCAAUCGGUAUUGGUAUUGGUAUUGGUCAUGAAAGUAGUAGCAACAAUUCCCACUUCAACAGAAGAGAUCUCGGCACAGAUCUUAACCUUGGUCUCAGCAUUUCAGCCUCCUCUCAACAACACACAAGCUUAAUUAACCAUUCCAUGAUUCCGAGGGAACAAAUGCAAUAUUCAUUAUCAGAUCACAGUUGGCCGUCAACGACCAUUAAUCCAACGGUGGGAGAUGGAAGUGAUAUUAAUCAAGAGUACUACUGCAAUGGGAGUAAUGGGAAUAGGCUGUACGUGAAGGUAUACAUGGAAGGGCAUCCCAUCGGCAGAAAGCUUGAUAUAUUGGCCCACCAUGGUUACCACGACCUCAUUACCACUCUUGACCAUAUGUUCAACACUAACAUUCUUUGGGGUGCGGAUGUGGAUGCAGAGAAGUGCGACGACUUUCAAAUAUUAACCUAUGAAGACGAGGAAGGGGAUUGGUUGAUGGUUGGAGACGUUCCUUGGGAGAUGUUCCUGUCUGCUGUUAAGAGAUUAAAGAUCUCGAGGGCAUGCCCAUGCUGAUUUUUGUUGGAAUAUGGUUGCGGACUCGAAUGUACAUCCUUACAUGAAUAUGUUCCCAUCACGU